AACUUCUGACACCAACAUCAACACACUCAACCUGCGGCAGUGAUGUUGUUGUUGCAGCUCCUGUACGCAGAUUACUAACGCGUGCAGUAUGAGCGAGAACGCAGAGAUACAGGCAAAGAUCGACGCCGUUACCGGCAAGAUCAACCUCCACAAACAGCAGCAGCAGCAAUCACCACAACACGGCUACAGCCAGCGGUACUCACCACAACCGUACCAAGGCUAUGGUCGCUGGACACCUUACGGUCGUGGAGGCCGUCAUGGCUAUAUCCCACCGGUUCGAAACCGGACUCUCAUCCUCAACGGCAAGUCGCCUUCUCCGGCCAAGGAACCCAUGGGCUUCACGGAAACUACUGGUACACCUUCACCCGCCGCACUGGUCAGUAUCUCGAGCACCAAUAGAACAGUCAUGACGAAGGAGACAUACCAGCGAGAGCAGCAGCAGAGAGGGGAGGAUGAAGAGCAGAAGCGAGCCGCGAAGAGACGGAAGCGCAGUGUUAUCGAGCAGUCUAGAAUACUACGCCAUCUUGACUCGUCCACUGAUUAUAUCGGCCGCGAGAUGGUAAUCGACGGCUUGCGCUUCCAACUCAACGCCCAAGGCAGCAAGCUCACGCGCGUCUCUGAUCCUGGCUCCUCCGCUAAGGAGACUCCUCGGAGGACCAAGAUUGCAGGAGUCGACUUUCACCGUACGAAGAACGGCAACCUUAUACGUGCCAGUGCGCUGGCGGAUCCGGCAAGGCCGGCGCCGUUACGACCGCAAUGCGAGAACUUCACCAAGCAUGGGACCUGCCCAUACGGCCCGAUAUGCCGCUUCACCCACGAUCCGAACAAAGUCGCCAUCUGCAAAGACUUUCUGAAAGCCGGCACUUGCGCCCUUGGCGACAGUUGCGACAUGUCACACGAGAUGACAUAUCAUCGCGUGCCGGCCUGCCAGUACUUCCUUCGCGGCAACUGCACGAACGAUGCAUGCCGAUAUCCUCACGUCUUUGUAUCUCCUGCCGCUCCUGUUUGUCGUGCUUUCGCCACCCUUGGCUUCUGCGUCAAGGGACCUGACUGUGACAAGCGUCAUGUGCACGAGUGUCCUGACUAUGCUAAUAACGGGUUCUGUGCCAAUCGCGAGAACGGAAAAUGCUUACUGCCGCAUCCUGAUCGCGCCAGCAUUCUACGCAAGGCAGCAGAGCGACAGGCUAAAAUCAGCGUUGAUGCCGAGUCGGACAUCUCGAGCGAAGCAGGAGGUGACCACGACAAUGGCGAGAUGCAAGACGUCGACUCGGAUGCCGAGGAUGUUUUCAUGACUGGAUCGGACGAGAACAGCCAUGAGCUCACCCAACAGCAGGACUUCGUCAGCUUAGCUUGAGCGUCACGAGAUCGCACGUCGUGAAUGCGACUUGUAGCAACCUGCUUUCAUCUUUACUUAGGGAGCCAGACUCUUACAGGAGCGGUGUUACUUGGUUGCUUGCUUGCAUCAGCGGGUAGCGUCUCCGAGGAAAGGCUUGCAUUAGGCAGCUAUGUGAUACGAUACAUUGAUAAGAUGAAGAAUGAAAACAGCGAUGUCCUCCAACGU